UCGAGUUAAGAUGUUCACAUGAAAAUUACUUAAUUUCCAAAUUUCUUUUGAAACUAUGCUACGACUACAAGCACUUCGUCCUGGGACAUUUUUAUUGUUUUGUCGGCAGGCAAGCAAGGCAGGGAAGACCAUCGACUCGGAUGCACUGGUGCGGCUGGAGGAGGGCUACAAGGAACUGGCCGCCUCCGACUCCAAGUCGCUGUUAAAGAAGCACCUUAAGAAGGACCUCUUCGACAAGUUAAAGAAGAAAACGACAGCAUCCUUCAACUCCUCGCUGCUGGACUGCAUUCAAACUGGGCUGAGCAACCACGACUCGGCCGUUGGAAUCGUUGCUCCCGAACCAGAGGCAUACAAAACAUUUGCGGAAAUCUUUGAUCCCAUUAUCGAGGACUUUCACAAGGGCUUCAAGAAAACGGACAAGCACCCCGAGUGUUGCUUCGGCAAGUGCAAUGAUUUCGCCAAUCUUGAUCCCGACAACAAGUACAUUCUGUCCACGCGUGUCCGCUGCGGACGAUCCGUGAAGAACUUUCCCUUCAUCUCCUGCCUGAGCGAGAGCGCAUUUGCGGAGCUGGAGUCCAUGAUAUCCGGUGCCUUGAACACGAUGAGCGGCUCUUAUAAAGGCAGCUACCUCCCGCUCAGCGGCAUCGAAAAGUCCGUGCAACAGAAGCUCAUUGACCAGCACUUCUUGUUCCGGGAUUGCGACCGUUUCCUGAAGACGUCUGGUGCCAAGCGCUUUUGGCCCGCUGCACGCGGCAUCUACUUCAACGAGGACCGCAAUUUCGUGGUGUGGGUUAACGAAGAGGACCACCUCCGCAUCAUUUCAAUGGAGAAGGGCGGGGACAUCGGCAAGGUGUACGAACGCAUGAUCGGCGGCGUGGAGGUCUUGGAAAAGCACCUCGACUUUAGCCGUGACGAGCGUCUGGGCUAUCUGACCUUCUGCCCCACUAAUCUGGGCUCAACGAUACGCGCAUCUGUGCACAUCAAGCUGCCCAAUCUGUCGGACAAUCCGAAGGAGUUUUGGAAGCUGAUGGAUAAAUACAAUCUGCAAAGGCGCGGCACCCGCGGCGAGCACACCAAGGUCGAGGGCGGUGUCUAUGACAUCUCAAACAAGCGUCGGGUGGGCCUAACUGAGUACGAGGCCGUCAAGGAGAUGUACGAUGGGAUUCGUGCCCUAAUCGAUGCCGAAAACAAGAUAUUUAAAUAGUAGCGGCCUUAAUUAUAUUAUUUUUUU